GGCCGUUUACUUGAGGCGGUUAGCUUUGUACCCCGAGUAGUUUGAGUCUGUGGUGAGCUGCGGGCCAACCGGCCAGUGCUGCCCUCAGCGAGAGUAGGCCCCCGGGGCCUCAGAAGCAGGCUUUUAUCUGGCCCGGGACUCCCAGCGGUUCAGCCCUUCUCCCCGUAACCGGAUGCCGGUUAUUUGGACCCUGCCUCAGACCCAGGGUCACAGAUGCCGGGAAGUAUGGCCCCCCUCAAGAAGCCUCGAAAUACCACAAAGUCGCCCCUGGCUUUAAACCCCCUGAAGAGCAAAGACGUAUUGGCAGUGCUGGCCGAGAGGAACCCGGCUAUAGUCCCAGUUGGGGCAUGGGUGGAACCAGCCUCACCAGAUAGCUCGGAAAUCCCAGCAUAUACUUCAGCAUAUAUGAUUGAAGAAGAACUAAAGGAACAGCUAAGGAAAAAACAAGAAGCUUUGAAACAUUUUCAGAAGCAAGUCAAACACCGAGUAAAUCAGCAAAUUAGGCUGAGAAAACAAGAAGCUUUGAAACAGCUUCAGAAGUCUUAUGAAGUGGCAGAAAAAGAAGACUUUAGAGUCAUGCAGUCUUUACCAGCACACUUAACUUCUAAAAGGACAAAUAUUUUUUCAAACAAUUCGAAUGCUGCUAUUGGAAGUUCUAGGUUACCGCCCUCCCAGAUACUUGGGGAUGGAAGAGAAGAUGAGGAAAAUCAGAAUGAAUUAUUCCAACAACAAACCCAGGCUCUUAGUCAAACUGUGAAACAGGCAUGUCACCAACUGGCAUCCUUUAAAAUUGCGAGAAAAAAAAAAGGAUCGGAGUUUCCAGAUGAUGGAAGGAAAAGCUUUUCCACCCAAGAGAAAGCACUUUCUAGAAAACCAGCAUCCACUGGAAUAAAUAUAGGAACAAGAGGAAAAUUACCCUUUAAGGUUCAUCAAGGUCUUUUAACUACUGUACACUACCAGAAUUUUAUGGAAAAUCAGGAACCUGACUAUGAGGAAUUUUCAUCUAUUAUGACCAGUGAGAAAGAGAGAGAAGAUUUGUUUGGGGGAGACCAGCAGGAUAUCUUUUCUGAAGACGAGGACAAGCCUGUUAGCAAAGUUCAGAAAGUAAAAUUCAAAAAUCCAUUAUUUGUCGUAAUGGAAGAGGAAAAGCAAGAGCAAUUACAUCUCGAGGAACUUCAGGAUAUUCUGCCAGAAGCCCAGGAUUAUCCUCCAGAAGCACAAGAAAAUUUGCUGGAAAUCCAGUGUGAUUUGGCAGGAAUACAGAAUGUUGAGCUGGAAGCUCAGAGUAUUGAGGCAGAUACCCAGGCUGUUGAACUGAAGGCUCAGGCCAUUGAGCUAGAGUGCCAAGUUGUUAAACCAGAAGGUCAGGCCAUUGAGACAGAAGGCCAGGCUGUUAAGACAGAAACUCAGGGUAUUAUGCUGAAAGCCCAGAAUAUUGAGCUAGAAGAUGAAAGUAUUGUGUUAGAAGCCCAGGAUUUUCUACCCCAAAACCAGACUUUUCUAACCAAUGACCUGGAUGUUCCGCCUGAAGACAAUUGUAUUCUCCCUAAUGAUCAGAGUAUUCCACUCAAAUAUGAGGACCAGGAUUUUCUACCCAGAGACCAACUUGUUCUUCCCAAAGACCAGAAUAUUCUACUCAUAUGUCAGGACCAAAAUUGUCUACCCGGAAACCAGAGUGUUCUUCCCAAAGACCAAAAUAUUCUAUUUAAAUGUCAAGAUCAGGAUUUUCUACCUAAAGACCAGAAUUUUCUACCCAGAGAUCAGUGUGUUCCCACCAAAGACCAGAAUAUUCUACCCAAAUGUCAGAACCAGGAUUUUCUACGCAGAUACCAGGGUGUUCUUCUCAAAGACCAAAAUAUUCUACCCAUAUGUCAGGACCAGGAUUUUCUACCUCAGGACCAGAAUUUUCUGCCCAGCAACUUGUGUGUUCUCCCCAUAGACCAGAAUAUUCUACCUAAAUGUUGGGACCAGGAUUUUCUACCCAAGGAUCAGAAAGUACACUUUAAGGAGCCAUAUUCUGAUGUGACAGAUGAGAAAGAGAGAGAAAACUUUUCUCUGGUGGAUGAUCAGUAUCUGCCUCCUAAACCCCAGGACAAGGACUUCAUCAGAGAUCAGCAACCCUUAUCUUUUAUGAGAGAAGGGAGAGUGAAAGAAGAAUUUCCUCUGGGUUAUCAUGAAUAUGUUACACCCAAAAUCCAGGACCAAACCACCUCUAGAGAAUAUAAUAAGUGUAUCAAACAACCCUCAUCUUUUGAGAAGUGGGAGAUUGCAAGAGUUGCUUCUGGAUUGCCGUUGGUUUAUGAUAAAUAUCAGUCAAGAUUAAGCACUGAAUUCCAAGCUCCACUAGCAUUUCAGUCUGGAGUAUAUCAAGAAGAAGAGAAGAAAGAGCGUCAAAGGCAGUACUUGAGAUAUAGACGACUUUUCAUGGAUAUUGAGAGAGAGCAAGUAAAAGAAAAACAAAGGCAAAAAGAACAAAAGAAGAAAAUUGAAAAAAUUAAGAAAAAGAGAGAGCAGCAACGUUAUGCUGAAGAGCAGAGGAUCCUAAGAAUGAACUUUAAAGAAGAACCGUAUUCAGGGGAGAGGAUGAGUGAGAUAUUAGCCCAGUUACAACUUGAAGAAAUAAAAGGAGUCAGAGAAAAACAACAACAGAGAGAAAAGGAAUACCUAAGAUAUGUAGAAGCUUUACGAGCCCAGAUCCAGAAGAAAAUGCAGCUGUAUAAUAUUACUUUACCUCCACUAUGCUAUUGUGGUCCUGAUUUUUGGGAUGCUCAUCCUGAUACCUGUGCCAGCAAUUGUAUUUUCUAUAAAAACCACAGAGCAUAUACUUGGGCAUUACAUUCAGUCAUCAGUUCCUGUGACAUCUCUGAAGGGAACUCAGCUCUUCGAAUUGCCGUUCAUAAUUUUGCUUCUGCACACAGACGGAUGUUGAAAAAUCUGUAUUAAGAAUCUGAAA